UAUGAUUUUCCUGUCGCGCGCUUGGACCCCUCAGUCCAGUAUGGCGGCGCCCAGUGGCACACUGAACUGUGAGGACUUCUCAAUGUUUCAGGAGGUCCUGAGGGCAAUGCGUACUAUAGACGACCGCAUCGUCCACUCGCUCAACACCACCGUGCCGACCGCCUCCUUCUCUGGCAAAGUGGACGCCACACAGACCUGCAAGGACCUCUACACAUCUUUAAUCGAGGCCCACAGUAGCCGGGACCGAGCUAUCAAGGCCUGUAUAGCAGAGACAUCUGCCGCCCUCGGACACCUGAGGGAGCAGAGGGCUAAGGACUCCGACAACCUGACACUCAUCAAGCAACUCAGGAAAGAGCAGACCAAGUUAAAACUGAUGCAAUCAGAAUUGAAUGUUGAGGAAGUAGUCAACGACCGGAGCAUGAAGGUGUUUGUCGAAAGGUGCCGUAUCCACUACAACCCUCCCAAGGUUCAGUGAGGAUCUCCUCGCAACCUGAUUGGCCAAGGGGGGCAGCCAGCAGGUCACAUGACCUGGACAGCCCUGACCUGAGAUGAGCCAAUAGAAGCCAAGCUGUGAGGAUGAUACCGUGUCUCAAAGACCGAAAGACCUCUGGGCCGUCUGUGCCCCCCUCCUCCACCCAUCCACACACACACACACACACACACACACACACACACACACACACACACACACACACACACACACACACACACACCACUAUGACUGCCUCCAUAACCAGCUGAUGUAAUGUUGUGUGAGAGAUGUCUGGCCCAUCGAACGUGUAUGUAUCUCAAUGGUCUGGCAAACCGUAGUCAUCAGCCCACUACCCAUCUCUGUUUCCAUUUGUUUUGUUACUCAGACAUGUACAAAAUGGAUUUUUUUAAGAAAAUGAAUUGUUCUCUUUUCCAGUGACA